CGAAUUUAAAAAGGAGCCGCGGUCACUCAGAAUCUACGACCAGAUCAUAACAACUCAGAGGUUCGAGAGCUAAAGCAGCAACCGAAGACGCUAACGACACCGAGAUACAAUGGCCCAUAUAAUCUUUGCCGAGCGUGAAAUGGCAAGUCUUCAUCCGCCUACACUGAAGAUGCGCCAGCGGAUUCAGUCAGCUCCAGAACAACUUGGAUGUUCAAUGACUUCCAACAGUUUAAUCACGCCAAGUCGUCGCAAAGCUUUUGGUGCUAUGAACCAAAAUAUGUCAACCCCUGCUAGAAACACACAAGAGAAGAAAACCCUAAAACCACAGGAAACCAAAGUCACGCAUGCUUCAGAACAGAAGACCAAAGUGGAGGACUAUGCAGAAAUUGAAAAGUGCAUCCCUUAUGACCCGCUAGAGUUUGAGAGGUACAGCAUACCCGAGGACUUGAUUCCUCUCGGUAGCUUUGCUCUGCCUGGUUUGGCCCGUUUCCCACAGGCUCCAGACCUGUUUGAGGAGGACUUUAUUGAGAUUGCCCCACUUCCAAACCUGUCACCUGUAAAAAUGCCAAAUCGUUCAGAUUAUUUCCCCUCUCCAGACGAUUGCUCAGCACUGGACGCUUUUCUACAAACACUUGAUGAGCUGACAGUUGAACUUCCGUCAGAAUCUUUUACUGACUAAAUGUUGAUGCGUGUUUUUGUUAUGGCAACAUUUUUACUUUUUUUUUUUUAAUAAAGUUUGUCCCUUUUACCUCUUC